CAAAUGUUUUUUCAAUUGUUGAUACAUAAAAGACAGACAGCAAUUGAAAGAUAAAGUGUGAUUUUCGUGCUUUUAUGAAGGCCCCAGUGAAGAGGCAGAGCGUUACCACUCGUCCCCAACUGAACGCUGUUUCCUCACCGAACUCCAAGUACCAAAGCAACAUGGAGGAUUUGGUAGUUGAAGUGAGCGGCGAAAAUGGUGCCCUUUAUAAGGGCUACGUUUUGGACGUUUUUGAAGAGGAGGUGUUAGUACAUUUUGAAGAUGAAUGGCAGCCUGACUCGAAUUUUCCUUACUCUAGGCUGCGAUUUCCACCUAAACCUGAUCCUAAGGCGGAAUUUGUUGAGAAUCAAGAGGUGGAGGUUUAUUCUAGGUCAAAUAUGCAAGAAGCUAAUGGAUGGUGGAAAUGUCGAAUUAAGAUGAUGAAAGGGGAUUUUUACGUAUUAGAAUAUACCGGCUGGGAUAAUUCAUAUAACGAAAUUGUCAGUAGUGAUAGGAUUCGGCAUAAAAACAAUAAUCCUCCAUUGGACAGGACCAUGUUCUAUAAAUUUGAGAUCGAAGUUCCUGAAGAUGUUAGAGAAUAUGCAAAAGUGGAGUCUACACAUAAAGAACUGCAAAAAGCGAUAGGCGCGGGCGUCAUUCGUUACAUAGCCGAUCGAGGAGUUCUCUUGGUGAUAUCGAGGUGUGAAUCAAGUAGAAAACGAGCCGCGAUGCUCCAAGAGAUGCACUUCCGAAGCCUACAGCAAAAAGUGCUCUUACUCAAGCGGACGGAAGAAGCCGCGAGGCAGCUGGAGAGCACGAAAUUAGCCACCGUCGGAGGCAGAUUUAAGCCUGUGUAUCAGCGAGCCUCAAAUUUUUCUCAAAGCGCAGGCCACAGAUAUUCAGACGAAUUCAUCGUAAGGGAAGAUUUAAUGGGUUUAGCGAUUGGAGCGCAUGGAGCUAAUAUUCAACAAGCCAGAAAAGUAGAUGGCAUCACGAACAUUGAACUUGAAGAGAAUUCGUGCACCUUUAAAAUUUAUGGCGAGACUGAUGAGGCUGUUAAAAAGGCGCGCUCAAUGCUCGAAUAUAGCGAGGAAUCACUCCAGGUGCCUAGAGCUCUUGUAGGAAAGGUCAUUGGUAAAAAUGGUAGGAUUAUUCAAGAAAUUGUUGACAAAAGUGGCGUUGUGCGAGUUAAAAUUGAAGGCGAUAAUGAACCUCAACCAACAAUUCCUAGAGAGGAAGGUCAAGUGCCCUUUGUAUUUGUUGGAACUGUUGAGAGUAUAGCCAAUGCUAAAGUUUUGUUAGAAUAUCAUUUGGCUCAUUUGAAGGAAGUAGAACAGUUGCGUCAAGAAAAACUGGAAAUCGACCAACAAUUACGUAGUAUACAUGGUUCAGGAAUGGGUUCAAUGCAAAGUUUGCAGAUGUCACGACGAAACGAUCGCGGUUACAGCUCGGACAUGGAUGGUGGAAGUCGUGGUCGAGGUGGAACGAUGCGUGGCCGUGGUAGUAGAGGUCGUGGCGGACCCGGACACCAGAACAACUCGCGAUACAACGCCGGUUCUCGACAUCAAACCCCCGAUACAGAUGAACGCGUUGGAAACGCUCCCGGACGACAAUACGGGGGUCCUAAUCGAGGUGGAGGCGGACGAGGUUCCCGUAAAGACCCUCGAAGAGACGAUAGAAGACGUACCACCGAUGACGAAGAAACCGUAUUGGAUAGUCAAGAAGUUUCGAGCGCCGAUAGAGAGUCUGUGUCGAGCGCGGAGGCGAUCUCCUGGUCCGGGGGCCCGCCGCGGCGGAGGAGGCGCAGGCCGAGACAUCACAGUGAAACGCGAAGGUCGCCCCCUCACUACAGUAAUAACGUUCAUGGGGAAACACAAAAUAAUCGUUCAUCUAGUGUCGGACCACAAAAGGUGCACCACCAAGAUCAACAACAACAACAACGGCGUUCAUCCACCAACAAUAAACCACCACCAAGUCGUCGUAAUGACCCAAAACCGAAAGAAUUGGUCAAUGGGACGACCGCUUAAUUGAGAAAAAAAACUUUCUAUUUUAUUUUUGUUUUUAGUUUAUUAUUCCUUUUCAAUUAAGUUCUAAUUAUUAUAGAUUUUUUGAAAAAAAAAAAACAAAAAAAAAAACAAAACAGUUUCUUCAAGUUUUUUCGAUUAAUACGCGUUGUUGUUUUUCCCCUAAAAACAAGAUUAAUGCAAAGUUAAAAAUAAAUAUAUAAUGAGUGUAUAAAAAAAAAAGAAAUAAAUGAUGAAAGAAGAGGAUUAAAAAGAAUUAUUGGUGAGAGAGACUUUGAUAAUAACGAUUAAUAAUAAUACUUUUCUAACCUUGUAACGAAAAAAAAACACCUCCUCUUUUCCCCCCCCGAAUUCAAGGGGACCGCAUUAAUUUAUGAGUUUUCUUUAUUUUUUAAUUUAUUUUUUUUUCGCGGUUCUCUAAAAAUUAAUCUAAGUAGGAUGCAAAUCUUUUUAUUUUCAAUUUUCUCUCAUUUUUUAAUUAUUAGUGAUCGUUUUUUACCAAGUUGCUAAGUUUUAUUUUAUUUUAUUUUUUUUUUGUAAUUAAUUUUCGCCGGAAAAUUUACUUAAAGCGCUUCUAUUUGUUCGAUCUUAUUAUUAUUUUUUUUUUUAGAGUUUUCGUUUAAUUAUUAUUACGAUAAAUUUAAACCUUUGUGUCUUUUACACCGAUUGUAAUAAUUUUAUUUUGCAUUCAAUAAAAAUUUAUAGAUUUGCGCAAAUAA